AUGACCAACACCGAACAGCCAUACGACUAUAUCAUCGUUGGCGCAGGAAUUGGCGGUCUAGUAUUGGCCUCCCGUCUCAGCGAAAAUGCCAAUGCCAAAGUUCUCCUCGUCGAAGCCGGGCCUAAUCACAUGGGAGACCCGCGCGUUGAAACCCCGGGCUUGCUAGGCGCCAUAAUCGAAAAUCCGGAUUUCGACUGGGACUACUUGACCGAGCCACAGGACAUGGCUAUGUACCCAUCACGCGCCAAUUUCGAGGCGUGGGAAUCCCUGGGCAAUGAUGGGUGGGGCCCAGAUGCCAUGGCUCCAUAUCUGCGCAAAUUCCAUACAUACACGCCCCCGAGCGAGGCCACCAGUGCGUUCCUCUAUGUAGACAAGUACAUGAAGCCAGAGAACCAGGGCAAUCAAGGCCCUGUGCCAAUCUCUCACCUUGAUAUCUAUACUCCGUUCAAUAAGGCAUGGAAUGAGACAUUUGCCCGCUUGGGCUGGAACACUCACGCGCAGGGCGCAAACCUGCAUCUGCUCACUGAGACGAUAGUAGAGCGAGUUAUCCUGACGAAAUCUGAAGGCGGCCAGGUGACUGCGACAGGAAUUCAGAUUCGGACCAAAGAUGGACAGCGACUCAAAGUCGCUGCCACGCGUGAAGUCGUCAUCAGUACUGGAACUCUAAAUUCCCCACAACUCCUUGAGCUAUCUGGUAUUGGCGCAGCGGAUCUGUUGCAAAAGCACAAUAUCCCUGUAGUGCUCGGCCUGCCUGCAGUCAGGGAAAAUCUCCAGGAUCAUUGUAUGUCAACCGUUAACUUCGAAGUGGCAGACGGACAGACGUCCGCAGACACACGGACUGGUCCUAUGACUGGCAUUCCCGUUAGUGUGGCCUAUCUACCCAUGAUAGAUAGUCUGUUGGCUCAGUAUCUGGACAGCCCGCAGGCUAAACGAGUCUCACCCGGGAGGCAGCAGCAAUACAACAUCCUGCGGCAGAUGCUUCGGGAUGACCAGACAGGCUCCGCACAAUACAUGUUCCUCGGAGCACAACUCAAUGCGAAGGAGGGGGUGAACACAAUGAGCUAUGUGCUGUCGAAGGACUUGCCCGAGAACUACAUAAACAUUUUGGUUUUACAUAACCAUCCCUUCUCACGGGGAUCUAUACAUAUGCAAUCGCCAAACGCGGGCGAUAAGCCUGUCUACGACCCCCAGUAUUUAUCGCACCCCUUAGAUUUAGAGAUCCUCGCCCGACACACUCAGUUCCUGGACAAGAUUGCCCGUACUGAGCCUUUUAGCUCGCUACUCAAACCCGGCGCUCGGGUACCUCAGGCGGCGAUCGAUCUGGCAGAUCUGGAGAAAGCUAAGGAGGUAGUUAAAGAUCGUCUAUUCCACUGCUUCCAUCCAGUGGGCACAUGCGCGAUGAUGCCUGUAGAGUUAGGCGAAGUAGUUGACACCCAGCUGAAGGUUCAUGGCACACACAAUUUACGAGUGGUCGAUGCCAGCAUCUUUCCCUUGGAACCGUCGGGUAAUAUUCAAGCCACGACAUAUGCAGUCGCCGAGCGCGCGGCGGACCUUAUCCGUGCAGCUGCGCAUCAUUAG